GCCUGCUUGCCACCCGGCAGCCGCGUCCCGUUGCCAGGCAACGAGAGCGCGCGCGGCAGGAACCCUCGCAGGCGCCGCAAAGCGAGAGGGGCGCGCGGACCGGCUCCCAGGAUGGAAACUAACUACCUAAAGAGGUGCUUUGGAAAUUGCCUGGCCCAGGCACUGGCAGAGGUGGCAAAGGUCCGGCCCAGUGACCCAAUAGAAUACCUGGCUCACUGGCUUUAUCAUUAUGGGAAAACAGUGAAAGCAAAAGAAGAGAAUAGGCAAGAGAAGAUCCAGCUGCAGGAAGAAUAUGACAGUAGCCUCAAGGAAAUGGAAAUGACAGAAAGGCUGAAACAAGAGGAGUAUCAGAUUCAACAGAAGUGUGAAAAGUGUCACAAGGAACUGACUUCUGAAACCGUUUCCACGAAGAAGAACAUAUUCAUGCAGGAGGACAGAGAUUCCCUUGAGAAGGCGGCCUUGAAGCAGGAAUUCCAUACAAGGCCUUCCAGUAUGAUUCCAGGAAUGCCUCAACAGGUUCCUCCUUCAGAGUCUGCUGGCCAGAUUGACUGGAACUUCAAAAUGUCACAAGACAUAAAUUACCAGGAGGCUUUUCAGCAUGAAGUUGCUCAUGAAAUGCCUUCUGGCUCCAAAUCUCCUUAUUAGGUUAUCAGAAAGUAGAUGCUUCUGAUUUACUUCUCUCAAAGCUGGAAGCCAAGGAAAUGGCCAGCUAGAACCAAGAUUUAAGGAGCUGUAAAAGAAGAGUUCUACAGGGACUCUCCAGCCUACUGCUGUUCUGAAAACCCUUAAUCAUGUGAGGAUUUGAACUAGUUAUAGGAUAAAAUAAACUCAGAAUAAUGAUUUAAAAUCAGUAA